CGCUUCGCCGUUCGCUCGAGCUCCGAUAGCUUUUAUCACUGAGUUUUUCGACUUUAAUCCUAAGCUAAUUCUGUGAAAAUCCUUAUUUGCCGCACGGACAUAUUCUCAGUGAAUUCUAAUUUAUACCUCAAGGCUCAUUCAUUUCGUCCAAAAUCUUUUUGAGUUGUCUGAUCAAGCAUCUUGAGCGAGGUGCAGCCAAAGUCACAUGUGUUUUUGAAAUGCUAAAAUGCUAGCUUUCAAAUCCGCUCUAUUAUCUCUCAUCUGCUACCUCUUAAAUUUAAACCUCGUGUCCAGCGCUAGUGGGCCAUGUUUUCCUCAAAACAAUUGUCAAUGUAUAUUCCCUUCUGGAGCAAUUAUAGAUCUCAGCAAAUUUCCCCAAAGGACGAGCACAAUUGCCGCUCCAAAAUCCGAGGUCAAAAUAGUCUAUUCACCAUGUGAAAAUUUGCCUGUUGUCGUUGUCACCCCUUCAAGCACAAACUUCAGCAAUCCAUGUGCAAAUGGAGUUUCGGUUUGCAUUUUCAAUUCAACUACACAAAUAUUUGACGGAGGACACAAAGAAGACCUCUCAUUUGCAUCGACUUUUCAAGAAGAUCCAGUCACUGCUACCCUCGACAAAAGUGGAUGGAAAACCAUAAUCAAUAUAGAUUGUAACAAAGAUGCAGGGAUUUUAAGCUCCUUGGCUGUUAGUCAUUUUGAUAUAUCCACAAAUACUGUAACUAUGGAUCUGAAGUCAAACGAUGUUUGCAUCGGUUUCAAUGCUACAAGCGGCUACGGAUUUUUUUCCUCUUUGCUUAUGGUCAUCCUCCUGGGAUUCACUAUUUACUUUGUAGGCGGUGCCAUUCUUCUCAAAUUCCUUAGAGGUGCCGAUGGACUAGAGAUGAUUCCAAACUAUGAAUUUUGGCAGAAUUUCCCUCAAUUGUGCAAGAACUGGUUCAACAAACUACGAGGGCAAGAUAGACCUGAGACCUAUGAAAACAUCUAAAUCAAUGAACAAAAAAUGCAUGCUGUCACUUCAGCAAUCUACACUUUGAGUUGGGCUGUUUCAUGUCCUCAAAUCAACUUUAGCUCACUCACAGCCAGAGAUUUGUCACCUUCCGAUGGGCGUAAGGGUAUUCCUUGUUCCUUUCUAGUCCUUCAGUUCAUUUCUCAGUCCCAGCUAAGCUUCAAACUAAGCAAGGAAAUGGGUUUACAAUUUUUCCGAGCAGAAGUUUGAGACUCUAUUUUUUUCUAGAAAAUUGGAAAUUGGUACCUGUUAAUUUCACGUAUAUAUUAAGAAAGCCAGUGAGGCAUGUCUUUUUAAGCCUGUUUUCCAGAUAUGCAAAUGAGGAUUGGAACUUCAUUUAAUUUACUAUAGAGGAUAGUGUGUUUUCAAGUUUCGUUUUUAAGUCAAAUCAUUAUGACAUUAAGUUAAAACAGGAAACGCCACAUGCCAGUGAGUUUAAUCUUGCCGUCUUGCAUGUGCAGAAGUUCAUAUUCGAAGAUGUAUCUACCAAGAUUUUUUUCUUCGGCUGGCAACUCAUUUCAUUUCAAGGAUGAACUUCUGCUUACGAAAUUUAUCCGAAACAUCGUCCAUCUUUCAAAAGUAAGCUAUUUCGAAUUUUAAAGGAAAGGUUGUGAUUACUGUCAUUCUUUAUGAUCAUGACCAGCGUCUGUAUGAGGAAGAUAUUUUUGGUAAAGAUCUGGAAAAAUUUGUUCUUUUUUAAUGGUUUAUUAGUCGAACCUUGAGUUUUGUUGGGUUCUCUUGCUUUGGUCCAGUUCUUUAUAAUUCUAUGUGAAGAACUAUGUAUAGAAGCUGUUACCAUCAUCAGUCAGGUAGUUUCUAGAAAAAGCGGAAUAAGUAAGAAAAAGUAUCUAUAUUUUUCAAAAAAAAUAAUAGUUAGGUAGUUUUUUUCAUAAUGUGAUUUUAGAUUUGUUUUUCUCUGUUUUGGUUUGUUCGCAUAGAAUCAGUUUGUAUCUUCCAAGUUGUAUGUUUCAGGUUAAAUUUUUAAAAUUGGUACUUAAGAAAUUUCCAUCAGAGAGUAUUGAUGGCUGAAGUUAGGAAGUAUGCAUAUCUGAUUGGGAAGUUGCAAAUCUUUGCUCACAUUUUAAUUUUGUAAUGAAACACUAAUAAAAAGUCUCGGAAUUUGUUUACUUAUUUUAAAAUAUUAAUUGAACAUUUUAAUAAGAUACUUAAGUUAGUGUUCUCUUGUAAACAUAAAAUAUAACCGGAGAUUUUGAAAUUCAGCAAUGGAGGCAUGCUUCAUCCGACUCUAGCCAUCAAUAAGAAACACAUUGUAGAACAUAUUUUUUGAAAAUAAUUUUUGACGGUUUGUAAGUUGGUAAAUUUUUUGUUGCUCCCCUGAUUAUUGUUAUAAUUUUUUUUCCCCCUGAAUUUGUAUUUAUACUUUAUGACAAUGGGAGAAAAACGUAGCAAGUCAGCCUCCAGGCCUUCUGCAUGUAGAAAUCAAUUAAUUAAUUAAUUCGUUUUAUUUUGUAUUUAUUGAUGCGUCAAUCUGAAAAUUAAGGUGAAAGGAGAAUCAAAGAGAAUGUCAAUCCUUAGCAUUUAAAUUUAUUUUGUUAGUCAAUUUUAAAAAUAGCAUACCAGAUUCUGUUAUUUUAGUGACUGCCUACAUUAUUUUUAGUUGUAAGGGGCAAGGUAGAGCAAUCGUAUCAGGCUUAAUGACUGAAACAUAUCAAGGAAGGAUUUUUUUAAUUGCUGUUCAUUGGUUAAGCAAACCCGAUUUCUCAAAUUGGAAGUGAUAAUUGUUUCCUUCUUGUUUUAACCAGUAACUCCGUCAAUAUUUGAAGUCAUCUGUUAUAACCUUUGAAAAGAGCUGCAUUUUGUCGUCAGUGUAUUUUGGCACCAUAAAUUUGAGAAUUUGUUGUCCUUCUAAAAUUUGGCAUCAUGGACAGUUACAUUUUUGGACAGUUUAAUCUGUCCUGGAGAGAAAUUUUAUUGCUUUGCAAGCGAAUCGUUUUCAAACCUUUGCUGCAAAAUGGAUCCAAGAAAAUCCCUGUCAUCAAUGGAGGAGUUAUUGCAUGAUUUUUAACAUCCAUCAUUAAAUUACUUCUAAUCUCAUCAAUGUUCUAGAGUGCCUGCCGUUUUUCUUCAGGUUCCUUUUAAUUGAUGCAGGCAUGUACAGUAUAUAAAUCAAUGCGUGGCUUUAUCAAAGACAACAACAUUUUAUCAAAUCAAUUUUUCAUCAGACCCCCUUAGCCUGCCUUAGACUUUAGAAACAAAACAAAAUAUAUAAUAGAAGUAACUUAAAUUUAAGCUCAAAGCACUAAAGUUUAACACCAAAAUUUAUUGAUCCCAUUUUUAUUAAGUUUCAACGUUGUAUUCCUCUCAGUUCAUGAUUAGAAAAUAAUUUAUUAUCUUAAUUUUACCCUCUCUGGUCACGAGUUCGUACCCGAACAUUUUACUUUCAACCUUUUUGUCACCAGUCUAGAUUCUGUGUGCAUAUGGCGCACAACCAAAGUCAUGCAAACAAAUGAAAGUGCACUUUUUUAGGAAGUGUUUGAAGUUGUAGUUCAGGUCCUCCUCGAUAGACAGAGCUACAAAUUUGAAUGCUUCUGAGUGAAGGCUGCUGAGUAAUGGCGGAGAUGCUGCAGGAAGAAUACGAUUUUGCUGAAUGUAAAAUGAGAGGGUUAAUAUAUGGUUCUCAAUUCUCUUGCUUUCCAGAGCCUGUACAAUUAAGUAUUAUCUACCUUAAUCCAGUAAAAUGUACAUUGAGCCCUAGUUCUUCAUUUAGUUUUUUCUCCUUUAAGUCACUUUGUUAAUAUUUGUUGUUAAUUAUGUUUGUAUAUUCUAUUGUUAAUUUUUUGUAAGUUCAACUGUAAAUAUGUUUUUUGUCCAAACUACUCAAAAGAAUUGAAUCAACAUACACUCUUCAUACCCUCCUAUUCAUUCAACACACGAUUAACAGCCUUAAAAGUUAAAAUAAGUCUGUGGUAUUUACAGAAUCUGACGAAAAUUUUAGUUUUUAGUUCUUGUGACAAACAUGCAGAAAUUAGACUAAAAUUAAUUUAGAUGCCUCAGCUAUCAAAGAGUAGUGAUGAUAGCUUUACAAUAGCUAAAAAAUUGAACCAAAAAGGCUGUGUAUUUUGGAUAAAAAAACAUGCAUUUUUUUUAGAAAAAAAAUUUAAAAAAAACUUAGGUUUAAAGAGCUCUUCCUGGAUCACUAAAAUACUUUAAUCAACUUUCUCUAAGUCAGACUCUAACUACUACCUUUUAACUUCUUCUAGAUAUGGUUUGUUCCUGCUUAACAUUUGUAAAUUAAAGUGAGUUGUAUAAGUACUUCAAAAAAUUACGGCAGAGCAGAAUUUAAAAGUGACCACAUUACAUGGUGAAUUUAAUAGCUUUCUACAGCCUAAUCUUCAGGAAACAAGUUUCUAGAACACUUGUUUGUCUAUUUCAAGUACAUAACACCCUUACCUAUAGUCUAAAUCUUUUGAACUUGAUUUUAAUACAACGGACCAUUAGAUAGGGUAAGGAGUUAAACAAGACAUGGGCCAUUACUGAAACACGUAAUGCUGAAAAUUAGAUUUGACCUACAUUAUUUCUAGUUUCUCUGUGAGCAGAAAGUUUGAAUUAACUGUGUCUAAAGUAAAUUAUAAACAAAAAUUUGAAAUGUUUUUACCCAGUGCCUUACUCUAAUCAUUUAUUUGCUUCAAGUGGAAUUUUUUAUUUGUUGAGAAAUAUCUGAGAAGUCAAUAGUCUGUUUGAAAAGACUAGUCUCAAGCAAACCAUGGUCUAAGCUCUCAGUUUAACUUUCAAAACUGCUAUGAAUAUGAGAUAUCUAAAAUCCCUCUAUCACAUAGGUUUCCUCUCACAGAACUUUAUUGGAAUUGAUGCAAAAUUCGAAUGGAAUAGAUAGAUAUUUUAAGGAUGCGAUAUAUUUAAGACUUCAUGAUCUUUAAACAUGGGUUAGAAGGUGCAGAAUGUUUUAAACUUUCAAGUGUUCAUACAUCCGCCCGCCGGCUUUCCAAAUUUUUCUCAUGGUUUCCCUCAGAAUUUCCCACCAAUUACAUAAGUGGUGAUCUUUUUCUGUUUUUCCCCUUGAUUUUCGACUUUUGACACUUUAAAAGUUUCCCUCCUUUCACAUUUUUAAGGCCUCUUCAAAUUUUCUUAUGCCUGUCUGUGCCCUGAACUGGGUAUUCUGUGUACCCCUGCAUGGUGGAUCAAGUUUGGAAGUUUUAAAGUUCUGUCCCUUUUUAAAGAGGGAAUUUUUGACAAUCCACAGGAAAAGAUACCUUAGUCUACAGAGGUAAACUGUUUAAGAGAGUACAUAAUAUGCGUCCUGAUAAGUCAAAAAAUUAAAUCUUAAGAUUUUGAAUAAGUCUCUUUAGUAUACCAAAUUGCUAGUUACAACUAGUUUUUUACAUAUUUGUGCCAAUAAAGGGCAAACAUUGGCAUUGCGAUUCUCACUAUUUCAUACCUUCAGUAUGGCAGAUUUUAAAUAGUCUGUUCUUAAAAUUUAAUCUGAAUUGAAAACUUCUGACCCCAAAUAUUCCACUGUGGUCUGACAUUUUUUGUCCUCAAAUGUGUGUAAGACACUCCUCUUUCUGCAGAAUCAAUAAUGCAAUUUUCUGUUUUUGUAGAAUAAGGUCUACCUAUUUUCGGUGGAUUGUUGUGUUCAAUCUAAUUUUUUGGCUUUUCAUAAGAUUUCUUGCCUGUUAUUACGUACAUACCCAUUGUAAUAAUUGGUCAGAAAUUUGUCUUUAAAAAUCGGUGAAAAUUCAUAAAGUCUCCUCUGAAGACACUGUCCUGUUAAACUUUUUCUCUACAAAGAUGGGCCUUUGUAAAAUGGUUGUCAGUGGUUAAGGAUUAUGUUUGUGCCUCACUCCUCCCACCAUAGCUAAAAACUAUUUUUGGAUUGCGUAGUUUUUUUCAUGCAUAUCGUUAGUAAUUAUCUGUGAAAAUUAUCUGUGAGUGUAAGACUGAAUUCCAAUAGCCCUACUUUUGUACCGUUUUGUCAAUAUUUAUCGCUGUCUUUAAACUAAACUUUGAAUUUGCCGCACACUUUUUGCUGAAUUAUCAUCCUUCCAAUAACUUUUUCGAGGAAUCAUCUUUAUGUCUUAUAAAAUCCACGAAACAUGGACAUGUAUAUAAUUAUUGUUAACAGUAAACCCUUUGAUUUCUAAGUGCAACCUCCUGUUCAAAAAAUAAAUUUGAAAAAAAAA